CCGCCCCUCUCCAUUAUUUCCCCCGUCAACGACACCCGCGCCCGCCCCCCAAAACCAACGGCGGUGAUGCCCCGUCGCCACGAUGGACCCCGCGCCCCGUCCAUCACUGACGCCAUCCCCUCACACGUCGGCGCACGCGUCUCGCCCCCCGGCGACUUCCAACCCCCCCUUUCCUCGCAUGCCCCUCACGUGCCACCCCUCGCCAGCCGGCGUCCCCUUCUCGCCGCUCUCUCUCACCCCCUCUUUUAUUUCGCCCCCUUUCCCCCUCCUCUCUUUCCGUCGACAACACGACAAGGGAGGGGGAGAGAAAAAUAGAGAAGGCCAGGGAUUAGGGCUGGAUCUGAGGUAGAUUUGGGUGAUCGAUGAUGAUGGAGGGGAGAGAGACGGCACCGUCGCGGCCGCCGAACCCGGCGCUGCCGUACCGGGAGGACUGCUGGAGCGAGGGCGAAACAUCGGAGCUGGUGGACGCCUGGGGCGACCGCUACCUAGAGCUCAACCGCGGCAACCUCCGCCAGAAGCAUUGGCAGGAGGUCGCUGACGCUGUCAACUCUCGCCGCGGCGCGUCCGGCCGCCGCCCGCCGCGCACCGACGUCCAGUGCAAGAAUCGGAUCGACACCCUCAAGAAAAAGUACAAGAUCGAGAAGUCCCGGAUCGUCACCGGAGGGGGCCUCGCUGCCGCCGCCAGCCAGUGGCCCUUCUUCUCCCGCCUUGACACCCUCAUCGGAUCGUCAGCCGCUGCCGCCGCUCCGCUGGCGAAGAAGCCUUCCCGCUCGCCUCCGCUAGCCGUGCCACUCCCCUACCACCGCAAGGGUUUCCCCUUGCCGGUUGCUGCCGCCGCGGCCGUCCGGCCGUUGGACCUGAGGGAGAAGCGCCCGGCGGCCACUGCCUUCUCCGUGGACGACUCGAUCUUUCGGCGGGCGGCCGCUGCUGCAGCAGCGGCAGAAGACGAUGACGAUGACGAGGACGCCGAUAUGGGGUCGCCUUCUGGUUCGUCAUCCAGGUCUGCACGGGGUUGGAGAAGGGCUCGGGAGAAGGAGGGAGAUGGAAUCCGUGAGCUGGCGAGGGCGAUAGAAAGGUUCGCUGAGAUGUAUGAGAGGGUGGAGGGUGCGAAGCAGCGGCAGAUGAUGGAGCUGGAGAAGAAGCGGAUGGAGUUCUCCAAGGAGCUGGAGUUCCAGCGGAUGCAGAUCUUUGUGGAUUCACAGGUCCAGCUUGCAAAGAUUAAGCGUGCUAAGCGAUCAGAUGCUGACGGUUACAUGUAGAUCGCAGUCAGUGAGUUGUGCCACUACUUGGAUGCGUGCCGAACCCAUGCAACUCCAUCUUCAUCCUGAAUUGGAUGACACGUUUGACAUAACACUACCAGUAUUCCUAAAGAGUUAGUAGCUGGUUCUGUAAGUUGACAUGACACCAUUGUGUUUUGUUUGUGGGCCCAAAUUUCAGUGACUCUAAAACCCUUUCAUUAGUUAGGUGGCAGAAGAGGUAGAAGUUGAUGCAUUGUGAAACAUUGUGUCUGUCGAGAUUCCAGAACAUAAAUAUUCUUAUUCGCAUGAUUGUAUGGGGUUAUGAACACAAAGCUCGUCAUCGUUGCUCG